AUGUGGAACACAGAGAAGGAAAACCAGACAGUUAUCACAGAAUUCAUCCUCUUGGGAUUUGGGGAUCUCCCUGAGCUUCAGCCCCAUCUUUUUGUACUGUUCCUAGUGAUUUACAUUGUGACAAUAACUGGGAAUCUCCUUAUCCUUUUGCUAGUUGUGUCUGAUCAGCACCUCCACACCCCCAUGUACUUCUUCCUAGCCAAUUUGUCUUGCUUGGAGACCUGCUAUAGCUCUAUUAUCUUGCCCAAAAUGUUGGCCAAUUUGAUAAGUGGCAAGAAGUCCAUUUCUCUUAGUGGAUGUCUGUCCCAAUUUUAUCUGUUUGGUUCUUGUGUAGGUAUAGAGACAUAUCUCCUGGCAGCGAUGUCCUAUGACCGCUACCUGGCGAUAUGUAAACCUUUGCACUACACUUCUAUCAUGCAUGCAAAGCUCUGUGUUCAGCUCAUCGUUGGGGCAUGGAUCGACUCUUUGCUGGCUAAUUGUGUAAUAUUAUAUCUGAUGGCCCAGUUAUCCUUCUGUGGCCCAAAUGUCAUGGAUCAUUACUUUUGCGACUUCAUCCCACUUGAAAAACUCUCCUGUAGUGAUACAAGCAUGAUUGAACUUGUCACCUUUCUUUCGACCUUCAUUUUCACCAUCACCCCAUUUCUACUGACCCUCACAUCCUAUGUUUGCAUCAUCACCACCAUCCUAAAGAUACCAUCCACCACUGGACGGCAAAAGGCCUUUUCCACUUGCUCCUCUCAUCUGAUUGUUGUCUGCAUUUUUUAUGGCACAAUAAUCAUUGUCUACAUGCUGCCAGAUACACCAACUCUGAGAGACCUCAAUAAAGUCUUCUCCGUCUUCUACACGGUCUUGACACCUCUCGUUAAUCCUUUAAUCUACAGUUUAAGAAAUAAAGAAGUACAUAGAGCCCUAAGAAGAGUUUGCAGCAAGGUGAUGCAUUUUGCAAGGAUGCCGAAAAAUGUACUGUCAUAA